AUGACAACUACCACCAACCUAGCGGAAGCAACCCUCCCAGGACAAGUGAUCGUGCCCCACUUCCCUUCACACCCAAGCCUAGUGCACGAGGCACCCAUAAUACCUAAGCCUUCCCCCAAGAGACCGACCAACAAGCCUAUGCCAAACACAGGUGUCUUAUGCUAUUUUCAUCAGUUCAGUGGCCAUGAUACUGAAUAUUGUGUUGCCUUGCGCAACAUCAUUGAAGGACUUAUUCAUCAAGGGAAGCUGGAUAAAUAUGUUCACAACCUCCCACCCCCACCUAACCCCCACUAA